AUGUACAAUGCGACGGGCUUCCUGGGUGCGAACGGCCAACAGGCUGGUCAAGGCCAGUAUCAGCAACAACCGCAGCAGACUGGUUUCCCAGGUCAACAGCAAAUGAUGCCACAGCAGACUGGUUUCCCAGGCCAGCAACAGCAAAUGAUGCCACAGCCAACGGGAUUUAUGCAAUUCCAACAAACAGGAUUCCCAGGCCAGCAAGCUCAGCAGCAACAAUUUCAAAACCAGCAACAGCAGCAACAACCGCUUCAACAACAAUACACGGGGUUUCCAAAUGCUCUUCAGGGAUUUCCAAGUCAGCAGGGAAUUCCUCCGGUACCCCAGUUGCCGAAUAUGACUACGUUUUCACCACCACCGCAACAACAAAACCAACCACCACCACCGCCUCAGCAAUCUACUACUCCAACCCCCAAGAACCUCGCAAAGAUCCCGAAUAUAAGGCUGAGUUUCAUUACUGUCGCCGAUCAAGCGAAAUUUGAGCAGCUGUUUAAGGCUGCAGUAGGUGAUGGGCAAGCACUACCAGGCGAUACCGCGAGAGAUAUCCUUUUGCGAUCUAAGCUCCCGGCACAAGAUCUGCAUCAAAUUUGGCAGCUUGCAGAUACCACCAAGUCCGGGCAGUUACUCUUCCCCGAGUUUGCUUUGGCAAUGUAUCUCUGUAAUAUGAAGCGUAACGGGAGAACAUUACCUUCAACACUCCCCGAAGUUGUCAAGAAUGAGGUUAGCGGUAUGGUCGACAUUAUUUCGUUCGGUAUUCCAGAUUCCGCGCCGGCCGCUCCUGCGAGGUCGAACGUUCCCAGCUUUGAGGUCAGCGCCCCAAGCCAGCAACCACCUGCGAGACAGAAUACAAUCCCCCCUGCAGGGUUUGGUCAAAACCAGACGAACAACUCACAACUCUUGGGAAUGAAUAUGAGCACGCAACCAACCGGCUUUCAACAAACCGGAUUCCAGCAGCCUCAACAGACUGGAUUUCAACAGCAACCAACCGGAUUCCAACCACAGCAGACCGGAUUUCAAGGGGGUCUUCAAUCCCAACAAACAGGAUAUCCAGGCCUUCAAUCUCAACAGACGGGGUUUCCCGGGCUUCAAAACCAGCAGACUGGGUUCCAGACUCCAUCGUUACUGACAUCUCAAGCAACUGGAUAUCAGUCUAGUAUUGGUUCUUAUAGUGGGUCGAUACCCCCCCCUCCCCCGAUUCCAACCGGUAUGUCUUCACUGUCUGUCGGGGGGCCGCUCCAAGCCCAGCCUACGGGACGUCCAGGACAAUGGGGUUUCGUUAAUGCUCCUACGAAUAUUCUUGGUGGUAUUGAGGCUCUGCAGCAGCGUAUGAUGCCACAGAAAGGCCGGGAGGGUGGAUUUAGUAUGCAAGGACUACAGGGAAAUGCAGUGAUUCCAUGGUCAAUCACAAAAGUUGAGAAAGAAAAGUAUGAUAUUGUCUUUGAAGGCUGGGAUGGCUUUCAUAAGGGAUUUAUCACCGGUGACACCGCAAUCGAGGUUUUUGGGCAGAGUGGAUUGCCAAAAGAGGAUUUAAUGUCCAUCUGGACCUUGGCAGAUACAGGAAAUAAGGGAAAGCUUAAUAAGGACGAGUUUGCUGUGGCAAUGCAUUUGAUCUUCCGUAAGCUCAACGGAUACGAUAUCCCCGCCCGCCUCCCCCCCGAAUUGAUCCCACCAUCUACCAAGAAAUUUUCAGAGUCUCUUAAUACUGUAAAGUCAUAUCUUCAAAAAGGACAGACAGCAAACGCUCUUCAAUCCCAAUCAACCGGCGUCAGUUACAUGAAGAGUCGUUCUUUCCAUAGUGACACUAAUACCAAUGCUGGCAAGAAAGACGGAACAGUAUACCGUUUUGAUGACAAUGAAGUUGCCUACACAUCUAACGCCCGCCAUCGUGCACGUGGCGGUAGAUCACCAUCCCCAAUGCCGGGCACUUCUGCAUCUCCUGCACCCGAAGAAAUGUCCCUUGACCAGCUCCGUAAGAAAGUACGAGAAAAACAAAUUCUUCUCGAGGCUGUCGAUAUAAAAGAUGAGGCCGAAGGCGAGAACGAUGAGAUUCUUGAUAGGCGUGAUCGUAGGGACGCGGACGACCUCUACCGGAGGAUCAGAAGGGUUCAGGAGGACAUCGAUUCACAUCCCAAUGCUGGACUUACUGGUGGGGAUUCUGAGGCCGAGAGAAGGCAACUAAGGAGGCAGUUGCAGAACCUUACAGAUCGCCUUCCAGAUCUUGCAAGCAAAGUGAGAAAGACAGAAAGAAACAUUGCAGACACUAAGUUGGAAUUAUUUAGACUACGAGAUGCAAAGGCUCACCCAGGAUCUGCUGCCUCUAUUAUAGGAACUGGACCUGGAGGCUCAAUAACCGAAUCCGAUAGGAUCAAGGCGAAAUCCAGGGCCAUGAUGCAGCAAAGACUCGCGGCAUUGACAGGGAAGCCAGUUGCACCGAGUGGUGACGAUGACGAGGGUGGCUCCAGGAGACUGGCUGAAGAGACUCAAAAAGUGAAUUCCGAAAAGGAAAGGAAUGAGAAGAUGAUUAGGGAUGUGGAAGAGAGUUUGGAUGACUUUAAAAAGAAUCUAGAGGAUAGCAUUAGGGACAUACCUGCGGAGAGUGGAAGUAGUGCCAUUACUGACCACGAGAGAAGGAGGUGGGAUGAGGCUUUGGGCGUCGAGGACGAAGUCAAAGAAUUCAUUUUUGAUUUACAAAGGCAAAGCCGUGUUGCUAGGGACAAACGUGAAGACGACCGUCGUUAUAAUGAUCGCCCAAGAACAAACUCUUCUAGAGCAGCUGAGGAGCCGACAAAGACUUUAUCAUCGCCUCCUCGCUCCUCAACUCCUGCUUCUAGCACUGCCUCAUAUUCAUCCUUUAAAUCUUCAGAAGAGCGUGCAACGUUCAUUAAGCAACAGGCCGAGAGGAAGAUGGCCGAACGACUAGCGGCUCUCGGCUUGCAACCACCCAAUCGAUCCACCAUGGGUGAAACUACCCAGCAACGCAUGGAGCGUGAACGCAAGGAGAAAGAAGACCGCCUUAGACAAGCCGAAGCGGAAGAAUCUCAACGUGAGCAGCAGAGACAACAGAGGCUUGCUGACGAAGGGAUUAAACCUCCGUCGCCUAUUGCUUCUAAAAAGCCGCCACCACCUGCGCCAAGGAAGGCUAAUAAUUCUAGGAUCGAGGAUGAGAGAAAGAAAGCCGAGGAAGAUGCAAAGGCCGAGCAGGAGGAGAACUUAAGGAGGGAGCAGGAGGCUCAGGAGGCUAAAAUACACGAGUUGGAGGAUGAGACACGACAAGAAGAAGAGGAACUCAUGAGAGCACAGGAAGCUGCCAAGGCCAGACUACAGGCACUCGAGGAAGGCGUUAAACAGGGUAAGCUGAGAAAGGAGGAAGAGAAGCAAAAGAAGAAAGCAGCACUCCAAGCAUCAAAGGAAAAGGAGGCUAGACUUGCAGCAAUGCGUGCCGAGAUUGAGAAAGCUAAGGAAGAAGAGGAACGCUUGAGACGUUUGCAAAUGGAACUGGAGGAGGAUUCAUCUUCGGAUGACGAAGAGCCAGAGACCGUGGGUAAAAAAACACCCACCCAAGAAACAGCAGUCGAGGAGUUUGUCCUUGCGCCCUCAACACCAUCAAGCCCUCCAGCACCAACACCACCACCGCCGCCCCCAGCACCCCCCCUUCCACCAAGCACUCAGGUAUCCUCUCCUACUCCUGGGACCCCAGCUGCCGAUAAGCCAAGCAACAACCCCUUCUUCAAGAGUUUCGGCCCAGUUCCUACCGAGAGUGCUGCUGCUGCUAUAACCUCGCCUCCUUCGACUGCUUCCGCAGCUAGCAAAAACCCAUUCUACAACUUUGGGAACGAUGCCGCCACUAGUGCGCCUCCGGCAACCCAAUCUCCUCCACGAACUUAUCGUCACCGCCCCUUAGACGAAGAUGACUGGAGCGUAGUCGAUGAUGACAACUCUGAUAGUGACGACGAUGAUCCUCUAAACCGCCAAAGUACCAAGGAACUUGCGGAAAAAUUCUUUGCGAACAUGGCCCCUCCAAGGCCGUUGAGUAGUAUGGGCAAUGAAGAGUCCUCCUCAAGUCCGGUACAAACUGGUGCGCCACCACCACCGCCGCCGCCACCACCACCACCACCACCACCACCACCACCUCCAAUGCCCGGAAUGCCUGGAAUGCCCGGGAUGGCGGCCAAUCCAGUUAACUUGCCUGCCGCACCACCACCAGAUGUUGCGAGUAGUAGGGGUGAUUUACUAAGUCAAAUCGCUAUGGGGAGACAAUUGAGGAAGACUCAGACAAAGGAUAGGAGCGCACCGCCCUCUGGUGGAAAGGUCCUAGGAUAA